AGAAGCGGAGCUGAGCCUCAUAUUUGGGCAUGGAGCAGGUUAUUGGAGGCCGGGGCCCCGUCAGCCGGGAGAUAACCCGCCUGAUAACGGCUCAAAAGGUGCUGCUGCCUCCAUUGGCUCCCGGCUACGGUGCUGCCUAUAUAUCCCCCUCCCCAGCCCCACGGCGAGGGGUCUGGGACGGCAGGAUGGUACCUGUCACGGUGCUGGGGCUUCUCCUGUGCGUGCAGCUCUGCGGGGGCACCGGGGAGCUGCGACUGGUGGACGGCGGCGGGCGCUGCGCCGGCAGGGUGGAGGUGAAACAUGACGGCGAGUGGGGCUCCGUCUGCGUCUACGACUUCGACAGGGAUGCCGAGUGGGCUACUGUUGUGUGUCGGCAACUGGGCUGCGGCUCGGUGGCCAAGGCAUCCCCCUACGCCCUGUUCGGGCAGGGCACCGGCCGGAUUUGGCUCCAUCCCUUCUUCUGCCGGGGCGAUGAGUUGAUGCUGCAGGACUGUCCCCAUUUCGGAUGGGGACAACAUUUCUGCGGCCACAAGUGGGACGUGGGGGUGAUCUGCACAGGGGCGGUGGAGCUGAGACUGGCAGCUGGGGGGCAUCCCUGCGCCGGGAGGGUGGAAGUGAAGCUGCAGGGACACUGGGGCUCGGUGGUGGAUGACAACUGGGACAUGGAGGAUGCCGAGGUGGUGUGCCAGCAGCUGGGCUGCGGCUCAGCCACCCACAUCUACGGCACCAGCGCCAUCGCCCUCUUCGGCAAAGGGGACGGUGCCAGCAGCCUGGCUGUGGUCAACUGCCGCGGGGACGAGGCCACGCUCUGGGACUGUGAGAUCCAUGGCUGGGGGCCCUACCUGGGCAUCCACGAAUUCGACACCGCUGUCGUCUGCCAAGGGUUUGCCCGGUUGGUCGGCGGUGACAGCGCCUGCGCCGGGAGGCUGGAGGUGCGGCGGGGCCGAGCCUGGACCAGCGUCUGCGAGGACGAUGUGGACAUCAAGGCUGCCGAGGUGGUCUGCCGGGAGCUGGGCUGCGGCACCGUGCUGCCCGUCCCUGUCUCCAGCCGGUUUGGGGGGGACACGGGGCCGCUCUGGGAGGCAGGGUUCAAGUGCACCGGCACUGAGACCCUCCUCGCCACCUGCGCCCGGCAGCCGUCCCCCAGGCAGGGGUGCACUGGCCACGCCAGUGUCAUCUGCUCCCCCUACACAGGUUUCCGGCUGGCAGACAACAACUCGGACUGUGCCGGGCGGGUGGAGGUGGAGAUGAGGGGGACAUGGGGGUCUCUGUGUGCCACCGGCUGGGACCUGCUCGACGCCCACGUCCUCUGCCACCAUCUCGGCUGUGGUCCCGCCGUCACCGUGCCCCCGGGAGGCUCCUUCGGUAUGGGGGACGGGCCGCUGUGGCGGGACACCUUCCGCUGCCGUGGGAGCGAGCGGCAUCCUGGCGAGUGCCCCACGGCAGUGCUGGGGGAGCCCGCCUGCCCCCCUGGCCACACCGCUGCUGUCAACUGCUCAGGCAUUGCCAAACCCCUGCGGCUGGUGGAGGGCGAGAGCCGGUGCGACGGGCGGCUGGAGGUCGCUGCAAGCCCCGGGACCUGGGCCCGUGUGCCAGCGGGGUUGGGGAACACCUGGGGUGCCAGCACGGUGUGCCAGGAGCUGGGCUGUGGCGUGCCAGAGAAGGUCUACACUGUGCCGAGCUCGGGCAGCGUGGGGUUGCGGUUUGCUGACGCCAAGGAGAACCUGACCCAGUACAACAUCUUGGUGACGACGGCCACGCCAACUGGCAGCCCCGAGGAGGUGGCUGUUGUCUGCUCGGGCAGCCGGCAGGUGAGGCUGGCGGGCAGCCCCCGGCGCUGCACUGGGAGGGUGGAAGUCUACAUCAAUGGCACCUGGGGCACCGUCUGCCAGGAAACCUGGGACAUCCUCGAUGCCACCGUCGUCUGCCGCCAGCUGGGCUGCGGAAUGGCGCUGGCGGCACCUGGCCCGGCUCACUUCGGUCCCGGCAUGGGGCCGCUGUGGCUGGAUGCUGGUAGCUGUGCCGGGACCGAGGAGUCUCUUUGGGAUUGCCCGGCCUCGGCACGGCACAGCUGCCAGCGCGGCGGCGGGGCAGCUGUUUGCUCAGAGCAGCAAUCCCUGCGGCUGGUGGGCAGCAGCGCCCGGUGCAGCGGGCACCUGGAGGUGUUCUACAACGGCACCUGGGGCCGCGUGUGUGCCAACGGCACCAGCCCCGCCACGGCCGCCGCCGUCUGCCAGGAACUGGGCUGCGGGAACCGGGGGAAGCUGGCGACCGCUCCAGCCCAGGACUUGGUCCCCGCCUGGCUGGCCUGGGUGGGCUGCGAGGAAGGGACCCGCUCGUUUUGGCGGUGCCCCUCGGCACCCUGGCACCUGCAGUCCUGCAGCCCCGGCGGGGAUGCCCACGUCGCUUGUGAUGAGGAUGGUGACAGCACGAGUGGGACACCCACCCCGUCCCCGGGAAGCCGCUGCCCAGACGGUGCCACUUGCACAGAUGUCCCCAGCAAGAGCACCCCAGUAGCACCAGUGAGGACCGUGUCGGUGCCCAUGGUCCUGUGCGUGGUCCUGGGGACGCUGCUGUGCCUGGCCCUGGGUGCCCUGGCCGUGCAGGCGUGCCGUGCCCGAGCUCAGUGCCAAGGCCAUGACAGAGCCGCAGACGCUGUCUCUGAUGGUGUCUACGAGGAGCUGGACUACACCAUGAUAGUGGAGUACCAGGAGGAGCUCACCCACUCAGGUUCCCUGUCAGAGAGGUUGAGGAUGAAGCUGCCGUAUUAUACCGGGGACAGCAUGGAGGAGAGUGACCCCAAGGCAGCCCCAGCCCAGCACGGCCCCCCGGAUGGUUAUGACGAUGCUGUGGCUGUGCUGGAAGAGUUCCACGCUCCCAACACGGGGGACAUCUCCGAGGGGGUGGCACAGAGGAGCUCGGGCUGUGUCCUACCCACAGGUGGGAGAUGCCCCCCUCCAAGCCCCCCAGGAGCCUCAAAGGACCCCCUGGCACAGCCCCUGGAGGACACAGACUAUGACGAUGCUGCCGUUGGCACUCUGAGGACAUCACUGUGAGGGUGCCCAGGCCACGCUGCAGGGUUCCCUGGGGACAUGCGUUCAGGAUGGCAGGGCUCUGUCCCCAAGGUGGAGUGGCCCUGGCCACGGAGGUCACCUCUCCCUGCCCAGGACCACGGCACAGCAGCAAACCAGCCCUUGUGCCCCUCCUGCGAGCAGGCGCCACAGGGAUUUUUUUUUUUUUUUUUUUUAAUUUCAUUGUGAAUUUCUCUUUUCUAUUAAAACCCCAAACUGGCUGGA